AUGGGCACCAUUCGGCCUCUCGUUCUCGCUCUGCCUUUUCUACUUGGCAUUAUGCUCAUUCUAGCACCUAUUUCAAUGGUCACUGCGUCGCCUAGUGCAUUUCCUAUACCAUUCAGAAAUGCUGACUAUGGAGCGCGUCUUAUGCCGGUUGGACAUGCCACCCGAUAUGCCAAUUUGCAGAGGUCUCAUAGGCAUAAUACUACGAACCAUACGGAGGUGUCGACGUUGAAACAUCAUGCCGGACAUCUUGUGAAAUCAAACUCCACACACGACCGAAUUCCGCACUCGUCCUACCAUAAAUUCCAUCACUCGUUCCGACGACAAGUAUCUGAUCUGGACGAGUUAAUGACGGCAUUCACCGCUAAGCAUGAUAAUGCGAUGUCCGAUUCUCAGGAGCUUCAGACUAUGGCAUCACAAUCGGCGUCACGAAACGAGAAUGAUCAGGAUUUCCAUCAGAAUGCCGCCGCCAGGUUUUCCUCCUUCCAGUCCAACUCUCAGGGUUUCUUAGCGAUAUUGUCGCAACUUGCGGCGGACAAAGGAUUGGCCAACUACGACAAGAACGAUCAGUUGGAGACACUGUUGAAAGAUUUCGUCAACGCAAGUAAAAACGCGGUCGGAGCUGUCUACGUUAUGAUUAAGAAUGAUCCGACUCUGGGCCCCAUCCUUGGUCCGAUUGUGUACGAGCUAAAGUGCCUUAUUGACGAAACGCUCGAUGCCACCGAAAACUUGACGGAUGGGAUGUUGAAUGCAUUGAAUCCGGAAAUGCGUGAACUUGUAGGAUUAGCAAAUUCGUUGUUGUGUCUACCCCAGAUAAAGGUUCUAGGAUUGUGCCUAUGA